UCGUUCACUUACCAGAUCUAUGGCGCCUAAAAGGCGACUGCCUGUUCAGUGCAAAAUAUGUAACGUCGAGGAAUCGAAAUAUACAUGUUCUCAGUGUAUGGCGCCCUACUGUUCAGUUCCAUGUUACAAGAAGCAUAAAGGAUCGGCUUGUCAAUCCUGCGAUCCGCCGAGCGCGUUUAUUGGAAAUGACGGUGUUAUUCCUACGAAAGGCCCCAGAGAAGAAGAGCCGUCGAUCAAGGAUCCAACACCUCUACGUCCGCUGACCUCACUGAGAUGGCCAUAUGUUCCUGAAGAGUCGGCCUAUCCCGAUCCUCUUAAACGCGAUGACCCUAAGACGCUUCAAACUUCACAAUACGAGGCAAUAGCAACAUCUGCUCGAAUUCGUAAAAUACUAGCAGAUCACGAGAAUUUACCAGCGCUACUCACCUCUAUUGAUAAACUAAGAGGGGCAGGCCGUGACGAAGCUCUUCAACGCGCCCUGGGCCUCACCGAAAUCAAUGACCAGGCGAGACCUGAAGAACUUGGCGAAGACGUAUUGGCGUUACGAGAGUUAGCCGAGGCCAUCGAAGCUGCUGUGAGAGGUGAAAACUCCUCGGCUCUCGGGUUGAACUGGGGCGAUUGAUUGGUUUGCGUUGAGAUGACAAAUGUACGUAGCUCGUUGAUAAGCGCACAUGCGAGGCCCGGGCUUUGUAACACUGCCGAGUGGUAUUACUACUGCUAUUCAAUGCUC